AUGAACUGCAUCAGCUCCCGGUGCCUGCCCGGCUGUGAGGUGGCGUGUCCCGAGCCCUGUGCCUACAGCAGAGGCCUCGGCCCCUGCGUGGCCUCCUGUGGGGACUCCACGGCCCUGGUCUAUGCCCCACCCGUGUGGAUCACCUUCCCUGGCCCCAUCCUGAGCUCCUGCCCCCAGGAAAGCAUCGUGACAUCAUCCAUGCCCCAGCCCUCUGGUGGUCCCUCCUACGGCUCAGGGAUGGGAGGCUACUCUGGUGGCCUGUCCAGAAUUGGGGGCUCCUACGGAUCUGGGGGCUCCUACGGAUCUGGGGGCUCCUAUGGAUCCGGGGGCUCCUAUAGCUCUGGGGGCUCCUACGGAUCCGGGGGCUCCUAUGGAUCUGGGGGCUCCUACGGAUCUGGGGGCUCCUACGGAUGUGGGAGCUCUUCGGGGAAGUUGGGCUCCUCUGGAUGUGGGGGCUCCUCCUCGGGGGGCUGCUACCUCAGGAAGUUCUACACCAGCAGCAGCCGCGGAUCCCGCCUGGGAAACUGA